AUGGAAGACCGAUGUGAUUCAGGAAAAGGGUUGGUCUCGAUACCCAGAUCGGAUUCAAAGACUGUUGGGGAGAAGCGGGUGAGUACUGAAUUGGGACAAGAACGUGACUUGGGUUCUCGUAAGCGGCUUAAAAUGCGAGAUCUUGAAUCUGUUUGCCGGUCUGAAGGAAUUAAUCCCCAUCAUACAAAAUCCUUGAAAAACAAAGAAUCAAGUGGUCAGUUUCAAUCCAGUGGUGAAGAGAUGUCUCAAGUUACUGAGGUGCCUAUAACUUUGGAUUUGGAUGCUUCUCAAGCAGGAAAAGCAUGGAGUAAGACAUUAUCAGUAGCGGUCAAUCCUGCUUCUAGACCACUGGAUCUCAAUACAGACAUGUGCCUUGCCAACAAUACAGUUCAGGACGACAGUCAGCAAUGCCCUGAGAGUUCUGGAAAGAUCACCUUGCUUAGGGAUCCUAGUAAUUGUGUAAAUGAAAAAGGCAUCCGAUUGGACCUCAAUGCAGAAGAUGCUUCAAUUCCAGAAAAUCAAGAUCCAUUUUACCCUUAUAAAAAUACCAAUCACUUGAAGCCAAGAGCUGUGUCUGAGUGUGGGAGCUGCACUGGGCCAUUGGAAGAGAAGGAUUCAAUGAGAGUGUGGAAGGAGAUGAAGCAAAAUGGUUUUCUCUCAUCUACUCAUGGAGGCAUUCCGAUUCCAAAGCAACGGACCAAGAAAAGUAAAAAUGAAGAGCUCAAGAAAAAGAUGGAACGUGCAAAGAGGGAACAAGUGGACAGGUUCGCAAAGAUUGCUGCUCCAAGUGGACUACUCAAUGAACUGAACCCUGGGAUUAUAAACCAUGUGAGAAAUAGAAAACAGGUCCGUUCAAUCAUAGAGUCCCUUGUAAAAUUUGAAAAACUUGAAAAUGACCGUGUGGGAAACAUGCACGCAACCCAUCCGAAGAGUGGAGCAUGUGAAAUUGGGAACAGGAAGGACCUGCAAAAUAUGAAUGAGUCCGGAGUACAUUUCUGUCAUGGAAGUCGGCAUCAAAAUACUUCCUUUGAGGGUGGGCAGACAAGAGGGUUCCCUAUAUCCAUGAAUAGAUCUUUUAUUCCACAGGACAAAGGUGGAGAUGGUGAACGAACCACAGUAGAUAGGUUUAGCGGUAGAAGGUUUAUGUCACACUCUGUCCUUGAAAAUGAGGAAGAUACGCUAGCAUUGAAGUUGCCAUCAACUAAUGCAUCUGAGGAUGAUAGCCCUUUGUCUGAUGAAGAAACAGCAUCUUAUCUUUCUAUUAAAGCUGCUACCAUUGCUUCUCAAUGGUUGGGACUUAUUCUUCAAGACAUCAAAGGACGUCUUGCAGCAUUGCGACGCAGUAGGAAGAGAGUUCGAGAUGUAAUAACUACAGAUUUGCCAUCAUUAUUAUCAAAAGAGUUUCCCUCUGAUCAGGAGAAUGAUCCUUGUAUCACGAAAAAUUCCACUGGUGGAUUUCCUAGCUGUACUAUUGCAGACAUGCAUCGAGCAAGAUGGAACCCGUUGUUUGAGCAAAUGGAUAAAGCACUUUCUGAAGAAGAGGAUCAACUUGAAAGUUGGUCAAACCAAGUAAAAGAAAUGCAGCUUCAUUGUGACCAGGGGCUUCAAAUUGUUCAAUGGAACACUGCUUCUGGCAGUCAACAAUUGGGAACAUCUGAAAAUGAUCCCAGAUCACAUAUUUUGGAUAACUCAGAUAGGGCAUUAGCUGUCAGAGCUGCUGCGGCUUCGAUUUAUUCAACAUGCAACUUUCUUUUGUCGACAAAUGUACCCUGUUUCUGA